CAACCAAUUUAUUUGUUACACAGUAAUGAGAAAUUCAUACAUUAAAAAGUACCAAUAAAAAGUAUAUAGUGUGCACUGGGGGAAAGGAGCUGCGCUGCCUGAGGUGUGAGGGGAAACAAGUGACAGGCUGUGUGACUGCUGAAUGGCGGGGGCGGGGCUUCCCUCAGCUCCGGGCUGUAGGGAGGGGGAGGGGCUCCGUGCCCCACUGCCUCACUCUGCUCUACUUCCUGCCUUUCACCGGCCGAGCUCAGGCUGCUAACAACCGGAGGAGCCAUGUUUUGUUUCGGAUCUCUGUGAGGAAUUCCCGCGAAACCCAUAUAAGAAUUUACCAAUUAGGAAAAAGCCCGGGAAAUCCUGGUGACGUCGCGCUGUUCCGAUUGGCCGGGGGGCGCGCAUGCGCCUGGCAGCUAUUGGGCUGGGGAGAAGGUCGGGGUUCCGUGUGGGUGUCGGUGUUACGGGUGAGGGGAGGGUCACGGUACCGGGGUCCAUGCUCUGUUCUUGUAGCGGCCCGAACCCUCCCCCACACGGGCCUGUUGUGUUUCCCUGGUUUCCCCAAUGAGCCCCCCAGAAGGCGGAGCCUAUACUCUCUGAGGGACCUGCGCCAGGAUGCUGGGAGGGAUGCAGAAACACCACAAAGAUGCUCUGCAGCGGCUGCGGGUUACUCUGCUUCAUGAUAUGAUCAUCGAGGAACUGGUUGAACAUCUCGUGUCCAGUGGCAUUCUGACUCCCAUCAUGCACAGUACCAUCAUGGCUCACCGCAGUGAAUAUAAGCAAAAUGUCACCUUACUGACCCAGCUUCCUAAAAGGGGCCCACGUGCAUUUUCAGAGUUCUGCAAUGCUCUGCACGCCACAGGCCAGAGACAUUUAGCUGAACAGCUAGAGGAGGAGGCGCAGCAGCAGCAGAUGGAGUCUGUUACGCCGGAAGUACAUGAGCGCAGCUUCCCGUUACCUGUGCAGGAGAGCACUCCCAGUAGGCCCAGGAGGCAGUUCUGCAGAGAGUACAAUGAAGAGUCCAUUGAUGAUGGAGAUGGUCCAGGCACAGUUCAGCUAUGCAGCGUCGACUUCUACCUUUCCCACCAUCAGCAGGCCUACAAAAUGCAUUCCUGCCCUCGUGGCCGGGCCCUAAUCAUCAGCAACGUUGCAUUUGAGACCCAAGAUCUUGAUCACAGAUACGGCGGGGAAGUCGAUGUCGCCUCUCUGGAAAAGUUAUUCAGCAGUUUGGGCUUUCAAGUGGAAGUUAGACGUAACCUUAAUGCACAGAACAUGAUGUCCCAACUUGGAGCCUUCUCUGCACUGCCAGCUCACAGCGCUCUGGACUCCUGUGUCGUUGCAGUUCUUUCCCAUGGGCUCGAUGGUGCUGUGUACGGGACAGAUGGGAAACUUGUCCAGCUGCAGGACGUAUUCACAGCGAUGGACAACGCUCACUGCCCGCAGCUGCAGAACAAGCCCAAGAUGUUUUUCAUUCAGGCCUGCCGAGGAGAGGAGGCUGACCGUGGGGUGGAUCAGCGGGAUGGGAGAGAGCAGUCGGCUUCUCCAGGCUGCGAGCAGAGCGAUGCCGGCAGGGAGGACAUAAAAGUCCGGCUCCCCACACAGUCAGACAUGAUCUGUGCCUAUGCCUGUCUCAAAGGCACCGUGUCCUUGCGUAACACCAAGCGAGGUUCCUGGUUUGUGCAGGAUCUCGUCUCUGUGUUCUCCCAGUACUCCAAAAACACUCAUGUAGCCGACAUGUUGGUCAAGGUGAAUGCACUUAUAAAGGAGCGCGAGGGGCAUGCUCCCGGCACUGAGUUCCACCGGUGCAAAGAGAUGUCAGAAUAUUGCAGCACAUUGUGCCGUGACCUGUAUCUCUUCCCUGGCAUUGGGCCCCCCAAGUGAUUCCCCCGGCAUUACUGCCCAGGAACCAGCCACUUCUUUUGUACAUUUUUUUUUAAUGUAAUAUAAAUGGUUUAUUUUUACAGAAGAUUUACAUGUUUUUUGCUCGUCUUCCAUAUUUGUGAUCAUUUUACUUUUUUAAAAUUCCUUACCGUUUCUGGUGUUGCAGACGUUUGCCUGAACAAGAUGUCUUUCCAUUCCAAAGACUGUAUUUUGGACCAUAUUAUAAGUAAGAUAAAGCCACUGCCUGAGAUCCGUUCAGCCAAAACCCAGCAGUGGGUAUAAUGUUUUUUUUAUAUUGCUUCAGCCGAGAGCCAGAGAUGUGUAUUUUGUUAUCCCAAGAUCCCCUCAGCCCAAAGCUAGAGGCAUGUAUUCCGCUAUCCCAAGAUCCCCUCAGCCCAAAGCUAGAGGCAUGUAUUCCGCUAUCCCAAGAUCCCCUCAGCCCAAAGCUAGAGGCAUGUAUUCCGCUAUCCCAAGAACCCCUCAGCCCAAAGCUAGAGGCGUGUAUUCCGCUAUCCCAAGAUCCCCUCAGCCCAAAGCUAGAGGCGUGUAUUCCGCUAUCCCAAGAUCCCCUCAGCCCUAAGCUAGAGGCAUGUAUUCCGCUAUCCCAAGACCCCCUCAGCCCAAAGCCGGAGGUGUGUAUUCCGCUAUCCCAAGAUCCCCUCAGCCCAAAGCUAGAGGCAUGUAUUCUGCUAUCCCAAGAUCCCCUCAGCCCAAAGCUGGAGGCAUGUAUUCCGCUAUCCCAAGAUCCCCUCAGCCCAAAGCCGGAGAUGUGUAUUCUCUAAUCCAGAGGAUUUCUUCUGUUCCAGGAUCCCUUCAGAUCAAGCCAGUGGUUUGUUUGUUUUUUUAAACAAGGAUCCACUCAACCUAAUGUCAGCCGUGUGUAUUCUGUAAUUUUCAAAGAUCCAUUUCCUAUGGCAGUAUAAUACUCCAGGAGGUAGACUCCUGAAGAACUUUUGGGACACCCCUACGUUUCUCUGUGUAUUGUAACUGCCCGACGUCCUGCCAGUAUCAUGAUUUUGCUGCACUUUGACUCUCUCUCAGGUCUGUCUCGUUAUUUGUCACUGCCACGUACUGUAAAUUUUAUACUUGGCCAAUCACUCUGUCGUAGCACUGCGGGACCUGUUGCAGUAGAGUGUCUCGCCAUUAUACCAUGGAAGGCCAGCACUUCAAUAAACCUCUAUUUUAUGAUUUAA